AAAUUUAUGGUUUUCUUUCUCCUCCCAGCCUCCCUAACCGCCGCCCCCAUUCCUCCCACCCACACCCGCCGCCCCGAGGCCCCGCCGGCGCCGCGCCUUCUGCAUCGAGCCUCGCCGCCGCCCAGGCCUAAGCCUCUGCCUCGCCAUCGGCGCAUCACCCACCAGCGCCAGGGCCCCUCCACGCCCAGGUCCUCCCAGCCGAACCGACCCGCGACGCCAUCGCCCAGGCCCGGCUGUUCCUCGCCGUCGCCCAAGCGCCAAGCCUUGCCUCGCCGUCGCCCAGGCCCGCCGCCGCCGUUCCCCUCACUAAACCCGUCGGUGAGUGUCUUCUCUAUUUCUAAUUUCGAAGUUCUCUUAAGUCUUACCUUCAUUUUUCUGGAAUAUGAGGUUGUUAUUUGCUGGAAUAUGAAGUUCUCUUACCUUAACUGUUUCGAAAAGGUUUAUUGAUGACACGUGCCUCAGAUUGCAUGUUUGUGUAUUGGAAAGUAAGGAUGAUAAAUUGCAAAUAUCUGUUAGAAUCCGAGUACGUGUUGAGUUUGAAUUCAUUUUUAUUUCUUCAAUUAUGUACUGGAUUAUUUUUCUAUUAGAAGAAUCAGUAUAAUGUAAACUGUGAUGCUAUUCGGCUGAUCGGCUCAAACUUGAUGUAUCUGGUUCUGAGUUUGAUUACUUGGAAACUGCACUCCAUAAGUUUGAGGAGGAUGGACCUUUCUUCCUCGGUCAGUUUAAUCAAAUUACUGGAAAAUGGAGAUUGAUUUGGAAAAGCUUCCGUUUGAUCUCGACUUUCAUCCAUCAACUAAUCUCAUCGCCGCUGGUCUCAUUACCGGCCAUCUCCUACUGUACCGUUAUGAUGCUGAAGCUACGCCUCAAAGGUUGCUAGAAGUGAAUGCUCAUACCGAAUCAUGUAGGGCUCUCCGUUUUGUCAACGAAGGGCGUGCUAUAGUCACCGGGUCUCCAGAUUUUUCCAUUCUUGCGACAGAUGUCGAAACUGGUGCGGCAAUUGCACGCUUUGAUAACUCUCAUGGGGCUGCUGUAAAUCGAAUAGUUAACUUGACAGAAUCUACCAUUGCAUCCGGUGAUGAUGAAGGUUGUAUUAAGGUAUGGGAUACCAGGCAACCUACUUGCUGCAAUACUUUAAAUGUUCAUGAAGAAUAUAUUUCAGAUAUGACAUUUGCAUCAGACUCCUUGAAAUUGAUUGGGACAAGUGGGGAUGGCACUUUAUCUGUUUGCAAUUUAAGAAGCAACAAGGUUCAAACUCGAUCAGAGUUCUCUGAGGACGAGCUGCUUUCUGUUGUGAUUAUGAAGAAUGGUAGAAAGGUUAUAUGUGGAACACAAAGUGGAACUCUAUUGUUGUACUCGUGGGGAUUUUUCAAGGAUUGCAGUGAUCGUUUUGUUGAUCUCUCUCCCAACUCUGUCGAUGCCAUGCUAAAGCUUGACGAAGAAAGAUUAAUAACUGGUUCCGAGAAUGGUAUAAUCAGCCUGGUAGGGAUACUGCCCAAUAGAAUAAUUCAGCCAAUUGCUGAGCAUUCUGAAUACCCCGUGGAACGUCUUGCUUUUUCUCAUGAUAAAAAGUUCCUAGGCAGCAUAUCACAUGAUCAAACACUAAAGCUAUGGGAUCUGGAUGAAUUGCUCCAAAGAUCUGAAGAUACUUUGCCAAAUCGUUCUGCUGCAUCAAAUAGUGAUAGCGAUGAGAUGGAUGUCGAUGCUAGUAUCCCAAAACCUUCUAAAGGUAUACCAAUAUCUUUUAGGCACUUUCAGUUUUUCACUUUAUAGAGUGGAAGGUAGAAAGUUCAUGAAUUUUUCUCUUGUAGAAUUCAUUUUAUCAUCUUGGGUGGCAGUAGUGUGCUUGGGUGUUUGUUGCUGCAUCAGUUUAUUUAUGUUUGAAUUCUCUUGUGAGGUUUCAUCGGGUUUGGCUUUGUUUAGAUUGAAGUUAACUGUAUUCGAAGAAGCAUUCACUGUAAAUCUUGUUUAAAAUAAUUGCUACAAAUAUCUUAUUAACACGUGUGCUUUUGACAAUUCAAGUAAUUUCUUUGCAGAAAUGUAGUAUUGCUGAUUUUUGUGGUUGAAUGUAGAAAAUCGAAGUCGAGUGUUGUGCUGACAAUCUAUUUUGUAGAUUUAUUCAUUUCUUAAUUUGAUUUCAUUUUCUUUUUAUGGAUCCAUUAAUCUAGAUGGA